CUCCCCCAGGCCGCCCUCUAUGACCAAGGAGGCGCCGCCUUGUUGGGGCCGAGUGGACGGCGCCUCUGGGCCAGGGAGGCCGCGGGGGGCGGGCGCCGGGCUCAGACUCUCCCUGGUGCUGUGGCCGGUCAUGGGCUGAGCAGCCUCUCCAGGGAUCAGUUUCCUUGUCCGUGAAAUGGGGAUCAUGAAUUCUUGUCUACCGGAUGGGCAGGUGAGAAGCUGGGGUUCAGGCAGCAGGAGGCCAGGCCCCGGGCCUCAGGGCCUCCUCCCAGACUCCAGGGUGCCGUGCAGUGAGGAAGCAUUCAUCCCCAAUCCAGGCGACCCUCCUGGAAGGCUGGCUCCUGGGCCUUCCCUGAGGCCCGGCUCUGAGGUCUCCACACUCUCCCUUUCGCGGCGCAGGCCUUGCCCUUUCCACAGGGGCCUGGGAGGUGCAGAUUGGGAAAUGAGACCCGAAUCCCAGACUGCACUCCAAAGCUGGAUGGUCCCUGGAGCUGGCAUUGCCUGAAAGGCGCAGGAGGAGCACGCAGGGAGGAACAGCCUUCUGGGGAGGCAAAGAAUCCCCCAAGACGGGAGAGGCCUGAGGAAGGCCUGGUCAGAAGUCUCCCUAAUGACCACUCCCCCCCAGACUUUAUUUCCACAAAGGGCACCCUUUUCUUCUGCCACAAAUGGGACUUUUGUCUCUGGCACAAACUUCCUGAGUUGUAAAUUACUUUUAAAAAGGUUUUUUCCCCCCAAAUGGAUAAACAGAAGAGUUGAACUAAUCCACAGUGACAACAAUCCCAUAAUGA